UGUAAGUUUGGAUGACUGAGUACAUUUGAGGUUGGUCGCUCUUAAAGGGCCAGCGUGGACAAACGGCCAAGUCCAAAGACGAGGACAAAUUUCUCAAGGGGGGGGGGAAGUUGAUUUUGGCAAAAAGGUCCAUCCGCUAAGCCAACGUGCGCGUCAUCUUGUCGAAAAUGACGAGGACACGGACGGGCCCGAUUUGCACCAGUCCAACAUUUUUCCUCCGCACUGAACUCCAUCAACGGCGGGGACGCAAAGAUGUUUGCUGAGUGAAAACGGCAAAACACAAAACGGGAAGCGAGGGAGCAAAGAGAGGGAAGGAGCGAGCCGCGCGCGCGUCGGGGGCGGGCGGCGGGGGCGGGGGGCGGAGCGACGGCGCUCCUCCGGCGUCCCGGCAUUCUGGCCGCACUCCUGCCGGGGCUUCAUCUCCGGCGCGUCCCCUUCCUCCUCCCGCGUCUCUCGGGAUGCCGGCGGGCUCCGUCAACAAGUGCGCGUGAGGAGCGAGGCGGCCAGGCAGGCGGGGUGGGGGGGGGUUGCGGGCGGGCGACGGCCAACGGCGCGGCCAUGGAGGUGGCUCUGGUGAACCUGCAGGAGAACGGAGGCGCCAACAACGCGCAGCAGCAGCAGCAGCACUCGGCGCUCAUGGACGACUUGGGCAAAGAAGUGAACGCUCCUCUUCAUCAUCAGCAGCAGCAUCCUCAUCCUCCUCCUCCUCAUCCUCCCGCGUGGAAGAUCAACGACAUGAACAGCGCGCUGAGCUGCAGCGAGAACGCCAUGGACGCGCUGCUGCGCGCCGACCACAGCCCGCACGUCUUCGACGACGAGCUCCUGGACCUGGAUUUGGACUCGGACAGCAACGAGCGGGUGCUCAUCAACAUCGCCGGCCUGCGCUACGAGACGCAGCUGGGCACCCUCAACCAGUUCCCCGACACUCUGCUGGGCGACCCCGCCAAGAGGAUCAAGUACUUCGACCCGCUGCGCAACGAGUACUUCUUCGACCGCAACCGUCCCAGCUUCGACGGCAUCCUCUACUUCUACCAGUCGGGCGGCAAGAUCCGCAGGCCCGUCAACGUGUCCAUCGACGUCUUCGCCGACGAGAUCCGCUUCUACCAGCUGGGCGAGGAGGCCAUGGAGCGCUUCCGCGAGGACGAGGGAUUCAUCAAGGAGGAGGAGAAGCCGCUGCCGCGAAACGAGUUCCAGAAGCAGGUGUGGCUGAUCUUCGAGUACCCGGAGAGCUCGAGCCCGGCGCGCGGCAUCGCCAUCGUGUCGGUGCUGGUCAUCACCAUCUCCAUCAUCACCUUCUGCCUGGAGACGCUGCCCGAGUUCCGCGACGAGCGCGAGCUGCCGGCCGGCGGCCGGCCGGACAACGGCACGGCGGCCCGGCCCUCGCUGACCUUCAGCGACCCCUUCUUCAUCAUCGAGACCACCUGCGUCAUCUGGUUCACCUUCGAGCUCUUCGUGCGCUUCUUCGCCUGCCCCAGCAAGUCCGAGUUCUCCAAGACGGUGAUGAACAUCAUCGACAUCAUGUCCAUCAUGCCCUACUUCAUCACGCUGGGCACCGAGCUGGCCGAGCAGGGCCAGGAGCACCCCAACGGCCAGCAGGCCAUGUCGCUGGCCAUCCUGCGCGUCAUCCGGCUGGUGCGCGUCUUCCGCAUCUUCAAGCUGUCGCGCCACUCCAAGGGGCUGCAGAUCCUGGGCCAGACGCUCAAGGCCAGCAUGCGGGAGCUGGGCCUGCUCAUCUUCUUCCUCUUCAUCGGCGUCAUCCUCUUCUCCAGCGCCGUCUACUUCGCCGAGGCCGACGAGCCCGAGUCGCACUUCUCCAGCAUCCCCGACGCCUUCUGGUGGGCCGUGGUCACCAUGACCACGGUGGGCUACGGCGACAUGCGCCCCGUCACGGUGGGCGGCAAGAUCGUGGGCUCGCUGUGCGCCAUCGCCGGCGUGCUGACCAUCGCGCUGCCCGUGCCCGUCAUCGUCUCCAACUUCAACUACUUCUACCACCGCGAGACCGACCAGGACCAGUCCUCGCUCAAGGACGAGCCGGCGGCCCCCCAGGCCAAGGCCGCGGCGGGGGCC